AUGGGGUCUCUUCCGUAUGAGCUUUACGACCCGACAUUCCUGUGUGAGGUGUCGGUGGGUAUAUGGCCAUCUGAAGACGUUGAGCCAUGCUUGGGAGAAAUAUCCCUCUCAGACCUGCGAAUCCCUCUGAUGUGGAAAGACUCAGAGUACUUCAAAAACAAAGGAGAGCUGCAGCGCUGCGCCGUGUUCUGCCUGCUUCAGAGCGGCACAGAGAUCCAUGACACUGAUCUGGUGAUGGUGGACAGAACUCUAACUGACAUUUGUUUUGAAGGCACCACCAUCCUGCACACGCGUGUGGAAGCAGCAACGAGGCUGCGCGUCGAGCUGUACAGCAGUUGCGCAGUGGAGGACUUCUCCCCGGGGGCUCUAGGACCCAGGAGAGCCAGCGGCCUGGGGGCCUCAGUGGGAUGCUCCUCAGGGAAAACGAUCCGUGCUGCGUUCGAGUUCGCAGCUGUUUGUGGAUCCAGUGGAGGAAACACGGGACCUGGGAGUGUGUCGCCCCCUCGGUCUCCUGACCUGUCAGCACGGGGCCCCAAGUAUAACCUGCUGGCUCACACCACACUGAGAAUCGAACACGUCCGGGAAGGUUUCAAGACGCAUGAUUGGUGUCUGGCAGCAACAGAGGAUAAUCCAUUCUGGUUGCCUCUGUAUGGCAAUAUGUGCUGCCGCCUAGUAGCUCAGCCCCGGUGCAUGAUGCAUCCAAUCAAAAGUGGCCGACUCGAGGUUAAGCUCGGAGACGACCUUAAUGGCCGUGAACACGUCUACGGCGUCCUCAGGGGCCAAAGUCUCCUCUGCUAUCAGAAUCAAGAAGACCAAGAGUCGGAGGACAAGCCAUUACUCGUAAUCCCCAUCAAAAAGGACACCGUCUGCAUGUCGGAGAACGAUGAGCAUCAAUGCCAGUGGAAGCAGUGUUGUGAUCAACUUAUGAAGAUUGAAACGCAGAGCUCCAGGAAAGUCAUUCCAGUGAAGCAGGGGUCGCUUUACCAUGAAAUAGUAACGCCCUCCUCUCCCGGAGAGGGGCUCGUGGUUCCGGAUUUAUCCGUAGAGAUCCGCACUUUGCUCUCUUCCUACUACAAGGAAAGUUAUUGAUGACCCUUCCAAAGUCGCAGUCGGUUUCCUUUCGUGGUCUCGGAAACCGACGGAUGGGGCAUGAAAAAUGGUGCCGUUUCAAAAUCUGCAGGCAACAAGCUUCCUGGUUAUGUCCUGAUUUGUGUUCUUUCAUUAUUCUGUUUACCCAACAGUAUUCAUGAAGAGAAAAAGAGAUGUUGUGAAAGGUGUGUCUGAAAUACCAAUACCAAACUUUAAAAUGAUUCAGUGGACCUUAAAUCCAUCCGGAACAAAACAAAUCUACCUGCUCCUCUCUGAUGAUUGAAGCAGUCGUGUCAGGACAAGCAGCGAUGGCAAUGCAUUAAUACAGGUGUAUCAUGAUUUCAGUUGACGUUCAAGGUUAGUUGACAAUUAUGAUCUAUUAAACUGGCAUCUUCUUUCAUAAGCAGAUUUGCGCACUGAACCCACAGCAGCAGUUUGGCAUGCUUGCUUGCACCUGCCGGCUGAGUCAUGCAUCACGUUGUUGACCAUCUUCUUAUGGCCACGCCUCCUGACGCACAGAUACCUCUUAGAUAACUGAAACAUGAGCACGCUGCGCCGAUUCAGUGCAAUAGUUCAAAUCAGGCGUAUUCCGUAUCGACAGAUUGAUGAAAAGCAAAAUUUAUAAAACUAACCCAAAGUAUAUCAAUUCAAUAAAAUCUACAUUUUAUUACAGACUCGAGGUCCAGAUAGUAAAAAAAAUUAAAAUAUAAUAAAAUACAUACACAACUACACGUAAAAAACAAACAAAGAACUACACAUGCUUUAUAAAUACAUAGCUGGGACUGGUAGAAAUUAAUGCUGAAUUAUAUAUUUGAUAAAAACAUGAUGAUCUCAUCUCAUCAACCCGGCAGAUAAAUAUGUAUAUAAGAUUUUUUUUAAACCACUUUGAAUGUAUUAUAUACUCUACUUUGACACGAUUAUACCAAAUGAUUAUCUAAAUAGAAACAAAGCAGACUAUCCUAAUACACAAUUAGACAUAAUUUUCCAAAAUCAUAGUUUAAUUCGAAAUAAAAUGCAAAAAUCGGUUCCCAAAUAUUUUACAGUUGGAUGCUAUUCUGCUCGCAGUAAUAAGUUAUGAUAAUUUUACACAUUUAGUGCCGACAACACGGAGCGCUCAGAAUCCAAUCGAUGUAUUUUGCCUUUAUUACCUUCGCAUUGAAAAUGCGGAAGAUAAUGUUUUGAUCGCUGUGUAUUUAUUUAUUUAUUUAUUUGUAUGCAUGUUAUUCGCAUAAGUAAAAAAGUAUUAAACCGAAUCGCAUGAAAUUUGGUGGGAUGAUUGGUUAUUAUCCGGGGACCAUUUGAUUAGAUUUUGGGAUUGAUCGGGUCAAAGGUCAAGGUCAAGGUCAUGAAAAGGUCAACAUCUUCUUUUUACCAUAGCGCGGUCAAUUUAUAUCCAAUUGGCAUGCAAAUAAUGCCAAAAUGUUCAUAAUUCAAUGCCCAAUCUUGUGAUAUGCGAAGGUAUGCACUCUACCGAGUGCCCAUUCUAGUUUAACACAGUUUCACUUCUCGGGGUCGUGUGUUGCUCUUUGGACGAAAACUGUACUAAAGUCAAUUGUCUUGUGUGUUUAAAAUGACUAAUUAACGGAAAUGUUCAGAAAUGUUUCAGUAAUGGUUUUUCGAUCAGACAACAAUGUCUGAGGAUGUUAAUUUAUUGGAAUUUCUGCACUCUAAAUAUAUAUUGAAAUAAUUUUUAAAGUGCUGAAAUUCCAAUGGAAUUCAACGCCUAUGGCUCUUCCCCUUUUUUUUGCUCGACAAUAUUUGCUAAAAGCCCCGAAGGCUUUGUCGGCGUGAUGAAAGACCGGAUGAUGUAUCGAGUGCAGUAUAUAUAUUUUUUCUCAUAGACUUGUGUAACUCAUUGUUCUUUAUUUUGAGAACCACAGAGCAGCAGAGAAGGACUCCUGCCUCCAAAGAGGCCUCUGAGUGACACAAUAACCUAAUAAACCACAAUGUUACACACUU